GGAAAGCGGAAAACCGAGUAGCGCAAAACUGUAAACAGGGAGUGAAAUUUAGUGAACAAAAAAAAAAAAGAGAGUGAAAUUAUUCGUUCUCCUCCGAAGACGACGGAACACUUCGUCACAAUUCUCUCCGGAAUCGGCCUCGUAGACAGUUGAAAAGGAUUGAACUUUAUCAAGUAGAAAAUCACAAUGGAGGAGCCACUCAAGGCUAAAACUGUCGUGGAAAAGACUAAUCUUGCUGGUGCUCCAGAGCUUGAUCCUUGUGGUGUCGAACAGGAUCCACGUCACCACGGUGAGAAGAGAAAGAGGGAAGGAUUGGUGAGUGGAGAAAGAGAAGCUGAAGAAUUUAUUUUAGUUGGUGACACCAAGGCUAUAAAAAAAAUUGGUGGUUUUGAUGGAGGAGAGCAGUCUCAGUCUCAGAGGUCUUUGUUUAGCAAGCGACAGGCUUUCGAGGAGGGGCAAAGCAACACGAAUCUUAAAGGGUCUUUAGUAAAGCAAGAGUCAGGAGGAGAAGAACCAGUGAGAGCAAAGCAGGAGUCAACUUUUAAUGACUUUGAUAAGCUUAGGGAAGUAGGAAACUUUGCAGUUGGUCAGACAUGGGCUCUUUAUGAUGAUAAAGUUGAUGGGAUGCCUAGACUGUACGCUCAGAUCACAAAAGUCUCAGCUCCCGGUUUCUGUCUUAGCGUCACAUGGCUUGACCCUGAUCCAGAUGACAAGGAAGAAUCACAGAGCUAUGAAAAGGACUUGCCUGUUGCUGUUGGUUGGUUCAAACUCGGCAAAAGCGAGGAUAUUAAAGAUCACACAAGGUUCUCUCAUCUGGUUCAUUGCAAUGGCGAAGGAAGUAGUAGGUUCAGUGUUUACCCCAGAGGAGGAGAGACAUGGGCUAUCUUCAAGGGACGCCGCAAGCGUGACUCCUCCUGGAGCUAUAGGGACAUUGACUGGUCAGCUGAUCCCGGUUCUCACCGCAAAUAUAACUAUCAAUUUGUCGAAAUCGUGUCAGAAGAAGAUGCUGACACAUCUGCUGAUGCACCUGUUGGAUUCCUGCAUAAAGCUAAAGGCUUUUCAAGCGUGUUCUGUCGCUUUGCUGAGGAAGUAGUUAAAUCCUACAUUCAUAAUGGCUAUGAAGAACAAUUCUCCCACCGUGUUCCAUCGUUUAAGACGACUGGAAUAGAAGCAGAAGGUGUGCCUCGACGAGGUGCUUAUGAGCUGGAUCCUGCAGCAUUACCAGUAAACAUCAAGGAGAUUGACGUCCCUUUGCAUCUACUAGAAGAGCCCACAGUGCCAAACUCUGAGGAGGAGGAUAAGACACAUUCUCAAUGUGUUUACUUUGCUAGUAAAGGGAUAACUUUUCAAACAGGCCAAGUCUGGUCCUUCUGCAGCGGUGGUGACGAUAACUUUCCCCGGUACUACGGCAAGAUUCAGAAGAUCACUUUUGUUCAGGCUUUCGAGCAGGAUCCUGUUGUUAAACUGCACAUAGGUCGGCUAAAGGCUAGACCGAUCAAAGGCGUCACCCAGUGGAUUGACAAGGAGAUGCCCAUCGGUUGUGGGAAUUUCCGGGCGAGAAAAGUUCUCGAGAUAUUCACCGAUCUUGAUGUGUUCUCACGUCUGGUAAGCCAAGACUCCUCCUCUGGAGAUGGGGAUGAUUACAGCAUCAUGCCUAAGACUGGUGAUGUCUGGGCGAUAUACAGAAACUGGAGUAAUGGCAUCGAAGUCGCUGAUCUGUGUUCCCAGAGUUAUGAUCUUGUGGAAGUUCUUGAUGAUAAAAUGGACUACAAGGUGCUGCUGCUGGCUCCUGAUGGUGGAUUUAACUCAGUUGAUUCUAAGGGUUUUGGUUCGGUGUAUGUGGCUGCUACUGAGCAUUGGAUGGAUGGCGCAGACGUGAGAUUCACAGUUCCGAAAUGCGAACUGCUUAGAUUCUCGCAUCGAGUUCCUACUUCGAAAGUAACUAAGGAUAUGCAUGGAGUUUUGCAAGAAGUCUAUGAACCUAUUAUUUGAGAGGUAUUGCGGUUGAUUCUCUGACUUCUAGAGCUGAAACAACUCAGUGAACUUUCUUGAUUCAUUUUUAACUCUCAUCUAUAAAGUAUGGAGUAUCUCUGUAGUUUGGUCUGGAACUGUGUGUUUUGUGGUGAAGUAAUUCUUACGGUGGCCUUUUAGGUGUGGUUUCAAACAAGACUAGAGACAUUUUAAGUUCAAAAACUUUUUUGCAAACUCAAA